AUAGCUCAUCAUGUGGUUGGUCUUCAACCAUCCUCAAUAACGAUUGGUGAAUGAUUUGUGGUGCAAAUUUUAAUUCAUGCUGGGAGUGAGAGUGGCAUUCUUCGCCAUGGCCUCUCUUUCUCUCCCCCGUCACACCCUCUCCACUUUCAACCGCUCCCUACCCUUCUCACACCUGCAACUCCCUCUUUCUCACAGUAUCUUCCACUCUCACGCUAAGACUACACUACGCCCUUUGCGACGACUAUCCGCUUCUUCCUCCUCCUCCGCCACUUCGCCCAUCGCGCCGCCUUCUCCGUUGAAAUCGGAGUAUGUUGUCGACCCCAAAUACCUCUCCUGCUCACUGCCUGGGAAGAGUCCGCUUAAAAUUGCGGUUCUGGUCAGCGGUGGCGUCGAUAGCAGCGUCGCUCUCCGCCUCCUCCACGCCGCCGGCCACUCAUGCACCGCUUUCUAUCUCAAAAUUUGGUUCCAGGAAGACUUUGAGAACUUCUGGUCGGAGUGUCCAUGGGAGGAGGACCUGAAAUACGUAAAAGCUGUGUGUGAUCAGGUUGACGUUCCUCUGCAUGUAGUGCAUUUGACUGAUGAAUAUUGGAAGAAUGUGGUAUCAUAUAUUAUUGAUGAAUACCGAUCUGGAAGAACUCCAAAUCCAGAUGUCCUCUGCAAUACAAGAAUAAAAUUUGGUGCAUUUAUGGACUCUGUAAGUAAAAUGGAAUUUGACUUUGUUGCUUCUGGACAUUAUGCAAAGAUUGUUCACGCAGAUGCCAAUCAACCACACAAACCUUCUGCUUUACAAUUGUCAAAAGAUAUGGUAAAGGACCAAACAUACUUCCUUUCACAUCUUUCACAGUCUCAGCUUAAGAGACUUCUUUUCCCUCUUGGAUGCAUACCGAAGGAAGAGGUACGAAGACUUGCAAAGUCAUUUGAUCUCCCAAAUCAGGACCGUAAAGAUUCACAAGGAAUAUGCUUCCUUGGCAAGAUAAAGUUCAGUGAAUUUGUUGCGAGACACAUUGGGGAGGCAGAAGGGAUUUUAUUGGAAGCUGAGACCGGAGAUUAUCUUGGAAAGCACAGAGGUUUUUGGUUCUACACCAUUGGUCAACGACAAGGUUUACGCCUUCCUGGAGGACCCUGGUAUGUUGUAGAGAAAGACACCAAGUACAAUGUGGUGUUUGUGUCAAGAAAUUAUUAUUCUGUUGAUAAGAAAAGAUGCCGAUUUCGUGUUGGAUCAUUGAAAUGGCUUAGUGGGAGCUAUCCUACUCAUACAAACCAACUUCAAUGCAAGGUUCGUCACGGCCCCACUUUCUACAACUGUAGUUUGGCAAUGGAAGUUGAUGGCGAUGGUCAAGAAGUUGGCGUUGUUCAGCUGUCUCAAGAUGAUCAGGGUCUGGCUGCUGGACAAUUUACUGCCUUCUAUGACAGGACGACCUGUCUCGGCUCUGGCGUGAUCUUGGAGUCGCGGGACAAUCAAGGAUAUCCGGUUUGUGAGAGGGCUCUUGUAAUAGCAAGAAUGGAGGACAAGUCUGUGCUCGGUAAACCCGUGAAAAUAAUGGUCAAGCAGGAGAAUUGCGUAAAAGAAUCUGAUAUCAAACGUGAGAGAGAGAAUCCUAAUCUAAUUGUUGAUUCUAAACCUACAGAGCAGGAUAUGAUUCACCAACGAGGGAAACCCAGAGUGUUAAAUUGGCUGGAUUGGCUAAAAGAGAAGUGGUUACAAGUUUUUUAGCAUGCUUUGGGGGUGACGUGCCAGGCUAAGGCUUGGCUGGAUUAGGCAUAUUGACCAAAAAAACCCCUAUAACCUGUGGCCAAACGUGGGGUUUUAUCCAGAACCUUAAAGUGUCAAUCUAGCCAUGAUUUUGCCACCCUUCUGUGAUUCUGGUAAGGG